AUGCAUCUUCUAUAUGGAUUGUUGGGUAUUAACUGUGCUGUUUUUGGUCUUUGGCAGUUACGCUACAGUAACUCCAGGUUGUACAGAUUGCUUGAACAGUACUUUCUCAUGGAUAGGAACUCACUCACGCGGAAGACUAAUUGGUCAGUGGUUUUCUCUACUUUCAGCCACCAGGAUUUCUUCCACUUGUUAAUUAAUAUGGGAUGUCUCUACAGCUUUGCCAUUUCCAUGAUCAGCGUUAUGGGUGUAUCUAACUUUACUACUGUCUACUUGAUCUCAGGCUGUGUCUCAUCUUUGGCUUCGAUGAUCUUCAGCUUUUUGACUAGCAGUUAUGGCUGCUCCUUGGGUGCCUCGGGUGCCAUUUCGGCCAUAUUUGCAGCAUUUACCGCAUUAUUUCCGGCGGCACACGUCGCAUUCUUUGUCUUUCCUAUCCCUGGAGGAGCCAUUACUGCAUUGGCCCUAUUUACUGCCUACAAUGUUGGGGGAUGCCUCUUUAAAUGGUCCACCUUCGAUUUCGCUGCUCACUUGGGUGGUACCGUGAUCGGAUAUCUAUGGGGAUUGAGUUACAAAAAGGAACUCAAAGAUCGGUCCAGAAAAAGACGGGGAUACUGGUAA